CAUCUUUGCCAACUCAAAUAUUCGUCCUUCAAUUCUCUCUCACAUAAACCAAAAUCUCUGCGCAUUGGAUCUCCUACCCUACUCUCUUCGAAUCCAUAAUGGAAAAUCCAGUUCGUUGCUCCGUAAUCAUCGUCGGCGCUGGAAUUUCAGGCAUUACGGCGGCGAAAGUCCUGGCGCUGAAUGGGGUGGAGGACGUGCUGAUACUCGAAGCGGCGGACAGGAUUGGAGGUAGAAUAAGGAAGGAGGAUUUCUGCGGAGUUACGGUGGAGCUCGGUGCCGGAUGGGUUGCCGGCGUCGGCGGCAAGCAAUCCAAUCCCGUCUGGGAGCUCGCCCGCCAGUGCGACCUCCGAACCUGCUUCUCCGACUACAGCUGCGCCCGUUACAACAUCUACGACCGCAGUGGAAAGAUAUUUCCGAGUGAAAUUGCUGCUGACUCGUACCAGAAAGCUGUCGAUUCAGCGGUCCAAAAGCUAACGAGGCAUCAGGUCAACCCCGACUCCGUGAAUUCCGAAGUCGCAAAUAUAUCUGAAUCUAUUCCAAGCACACCGAUUGAGUUGGCGAUAGACUUCAUCCUCCACGACUUCGAGAUGGCAGAAGUUGAACCUAUACCAACGUACGUAGAUUUUGGAGAAAGAGAAUAUCUGGUGGCAGAUGAAAGGGGAUAUGAGCAUUUACUCCAUGAAAUUGCAGCAACCUUCCUUUCUACAUCAGAUGGAAAAAUUGUGGACACCCGCCUCAAACUUAACACGGUUGUUCGAGAAGUGCAGCAGCAUACUAGGAAUGAUGUUUCAGUGACCACAGAGGAUGGGAUCGUGUACAAAGCCAGUUACAUUGUUUUGUCUGUAAGCAUUGGCGUCCUCCAAAGCAAUCUUAUUUCCUUCACACCGCCUUUGCCUACGUGGAAAACGGAAGCAUUCCAAAACUGUGACAUCAUGGUUUACACCAAGAUCUUUCUCAAAUUUCCGUACAGGUUCUGGCCAUGUGGACCCGGGAAGGAGUUCUUCAUCUAUGCCCACGAACGAAGAGGCUACUAUACGUUUUGGCAGCACAUGGACAAUGCAUACCCAGGAUCCAAUAUUCUGGUGGUGACUCUCACAAAUGAAGAAUCAAAACGCGUGGAAGCCCAAACUGAUGGAGAAACUUUGAAGGAAGCAAUGGAUGUACUGAGGAACAUGUUUGGGGAACACAUUCCUACUGCAAUUGACAUAGUCGUCCCACGUUGGUGGAAUAACAGGUUCCAGCGUGGCAGCUACAGUAAUUACCCCAUCUACGGCAAUCACCAACUUGUACACAAUUUGAAGGCACCUGUUGGAAGAGUGUUUUUCACAGGAGAGCACACCAAUGAAAAAUUUAAUGGAUAUGUCCAUGGAGGUUAUUUUUCAGGUAUAGACACAUGCAAAGCUCUUCUUGAAGAGAUGAGAAAGGAAGAGGGAAAAGGGGGAGAGUCACAAAACUUAUUAUUACUUGACCCUUUGGUUGCAUUAACGGUGACAGAAGCAGAUGAUGUUUCGGGUCUCCACAAGUGUGAUAUCCCCAGGCGGGAGCUAUUCCUUGGUUCCACCAAACAUGCACUUCCAGAGGCCAUCUUAUGACUAAGAAAGGAUGACCCAACUUUAGUUGAUACUCCUCUAAUUAGUUUCUCAUUCAUGAGAGAUCUGAGCGGGACAUCGCCACAUCGGUGAACAAUGAAUGGCAGGCCAGGCUACACCAAGUGUGAAUAUUACAAGAGGAACAUUCAUAAAACACAUUCAGUUCUUUGGGUAACAACACCUGCAAUGUACGUUGUGUGUCGCGUAAGAAUGCUUCCAUGCCAUGCUUUUGUUCUUCUGAGGAGCCCAAUCAUUCACCAAUGAAAUAUCUGUAAUUGAUGAAUAUUUUUACUUUUUGUCACAGUUGUUUAUUUCUCUUUUUUAAUUCCAUACUUUCCCCAACUGAAAAUUCUAACUGCUAUAUCUUUUCUUUCAAAUAAUGAAUUACAAAGACAAUGUAUGUAGUUAUGUACUACUAUUGUGAAUUACAGUGAGAUCUAAUCUGGGUAUGUAGUUAUGCAUUCAAGUGCAUGUGAAUUAUUCAUCAUCUUUGUAAUAAUGGCAACACAAUUGGAAGAAUUUGAUUAUGCAUUUCAUUUUUCGGGCGAUAUUUGAUUUUGC